UUGACACGUCAAGUUGUACGCGGCUCCCCUACAAUUGCAGUUCUUUUGUAUGGUGCAUUUCUGGAAAUAGUUUAACACAGACGGAAAUAGGAAUUUAAUUCAGGUUAAACUUGGCACUAUGGUGAAAGAUAAGGAAAAUAUUGAAGUCGACUCUGUUGCUGUAGCAGAGCAAGAACAAACUUCAAAAAAGGCAGCGAAAAAGCAAGCGAAGGAAGCUUUAAAAGCAGCAAAGAAAGCAGAGCAUAAGGCCGCCGGUAAAGGAAAUGAUAAUGCAGAAGGUGAAUCAGUUGAAGAUUGUGCUGUUGGCAGAUAUGGCAUUUCUGAAAUGAUACAAUCUAAAAAUAAACUAGAAGAAAGACAAUUCGUGUUAGUACAAAAUCUUAGUGAGCAUAUUGGCAAGGAUUUGGUGUGGGUUCGAGGUCGUGUACAUACUUCAAGAUCUAAAGGAAAACAAUGCUUUUUGAUACUACGCCAGCAGAGCAGCACUGUGCAAUGUAUAGUUGCUGUUGGAGACAUUAUUUCCAAACAAAUGGUCAAAUUUGCUGGAAAUAUUCAUAAAGAGAGCAUAAUUGAUAUUCAAGCGAAAGCGGUAGCUGUACCUAACAAAAUCGAAGCAUGUACUGAGCAAAAUUUGGAACUGAGUAUAGAACAAAUAUUUGUUAUUUCUCAAGCCAAGGCUCAGCUUCCGUUACAAAUUGAAGAUGCAUCACGACCUGAUACCAGUGAGGAUACUGAUGGUCUGAAUAUACGUGUCAAUCAAGAUACUCGCUUGGAUAACAGAGUAUUGGACUUAAGAACACCAGCAAAUCAAGCAAUAUUUCGCUUAGAAGCCGGUGUGUGUAGACUGUUUCGUGAUAUUUUGACCGAUAAAGGUUUCACAGAAAUUCAUACUCCGAAAAUUAUAUCUGCUGCUAGUGAAGGUGGUGCAAACGUCUUUACUGUCAGCUAUUUCAAAGAUUCGGCAUAUUUGGCACAAUCGCCUCAAUUAUACAAGCAAAUGGCUAUUGCAGCUGAUUUCGACAAAGUAUACACAGUUGGUGCAGUUUUUCGUGCAGAAGAUUCAAACACGCAUAGACAUUUGACUGAAUUUGUAGGUCUUGAUUUGGAAAUGGCUUUUAAAUAUCAUUAUCAUGAAGUACUCCACACAAUUGGUGAUACAUUUACAGCUAUAUUCAAAGGUCUACGUGAUCGCUAUAGUCGUGAAAUUGAAGCUGUGGGUCAACAGUACAAGGUGGAGCCAUUCAAAUUUCUUGAACCACCGCUUAUACUUAAGUUUUCUGAUGGUGUAGCUAUGUUGCGCGAAGCUGGUGUAGAAACUGGCGAUGAAGAGGACUUAUCAACACCAAAUGAGAAAUUAUUGGGCAGAUUAGUAAAAGCUAAAUAUGAUACUGAUUUCUAUAUAUUAGAUAAAUUUCCAUUGUCAAUUCGACCAUUUUACACUAUGCCAGAUCCAAACAAUCCAAUUUAUUCUAAUUCAUAUGAUAUGUUUAUGCGUGGUGAGGAAAUUCUCUCCGGUGCGCAACGUAUACACGAUCCAGAUUACUUGAUUGAACGUGCAAAACAUCACAAUAUUGAUACUUCGAAAAUUGCUGCGUAUAUUGAAUCGUUCCGUUUCGGUUGUCCUCCACAUGCAGGUGGUGGUAUUGGUAUGGAACGUGUGGUUAUGUUGUAUUUGGGACUUGACAAUAUACGCAAAACUUCAAUGUUCCCACGUGACCCUAAACGGUUAACGCCCUAAGUUACUUAUAAAUAAGCAGAAUAAUAGUGUUCCACAAUUUUUAAUUUUGUUUUUUAACUUAUGAUUUGUUUUAAUUUGUUUAUAAUUAUUUUUUGUAUUGUCUUGAUUACUUAAUUAGUGUUGUUUAACAACCGAUUUAAUAAAUUUUUUUAGUACUAAAUAAAGUCUGCUGAAAUAUAUAGUUAAUUUUA